AUGUCCCAGCUCGCAAACCUCGCCGUUGAGGGUGAUCCUCGCCUCCACGAAAAAGAGCGUGAGAUCAUUGAAAACCUCUCCGUCGAUAGUCCUGGUACUGGUACUGUUCGCCCUCAGCAUCGCAAGCUGCAUGAUAGUAGUGUCACCUUUGAGGAAUACCAUCACUAUGCGCAGCUCACUCGAGCUGAGGAAGAGCAUCUGACAACACCGGAGAAUGGAAUUCUCUCCAUUAUUUUCCCUUCUAAAAGCGAUGGUGGUAUCAAGCAAGAGUCGGAUGAUACCAGCAAGGAUGCCUCUGCCUUGAACACUAGUGAUCCGGCUACUCGCAUGACCAUCACUGAUCAGGAGUGGACCAAUGCUUCUCGAGCGCUUCGAACUGCGACCCGUGGUGCGAUUUUCUACCUGAUCACCACAGAUAUUCUGGGUCCAUUUGGUCUACCAUAUGCGUUUGCGACUAUGGGUUGGGGUCCCGGUAUCGCUCUAUACACUGUUUUUGCCUCCCUGGCCGGAUACUCUGGAUACCUGCUUUGGGAUACUUUCCUUGGUCUCGACUCGUAUCAAUUCCCUCUGCGGAGCUUCGGUGACAUGGGAUUCCGUCUGUAUGGUCAAUGGAUGCGACACCUCUUCAAUAUCCUUCAGAGCAUUCAGUUGCUGCUGAACGUCGGAUUGAUUGUGAUCUCCAAUGGAGAAGCACUUUCUCAAGCAGCCAAAUUCAAGCUCUGCUAUAUCAUCUGCUGUCUGGUUUGGGCCCUGGUUGGUUUCUUCCUUGGUCAGGUUCGCACACUGCAGAAAUUCGGAUGGUUGGCGAAUGUCGCCGUGUGGCUCAACCUUCUCUGCAUGUUCGUUACCAUGGGCGGUGCUGCCCACUCGCCUCCCAACUACACCGCUUAUACCCAAUCCGCCGGCUACACUGUUGGUAACGGUUCUUCGGUCACGCCCGUUGAUGGCGUUUUCCCUGCUGUCAUGACCACCGGUGGACUCCCUGACGCGGCCGACUUUUCUGCCUCGAUCACUGGAGCCAUGCAGGCUGUCUUCGCAUACGGCGGUGCCAUGGUGUUCCCCGAAUUCAUGGCGGAGAUGAAGCGUCCCAAGGAUUUCCUGACUGGCAUGUGGGCUGCUCAGGCUUUCAUUUACUUCUGCUACAUGAUGUACGGAUUGUUCAUGUACGGCUACCAGGGCCAGUACUCCAUCAACCCCACCUACCUUGGUAUCAGCAAAUACAGCAUCCAGACCGCCGGUAACGUGUUUGCCAUGCUUUCAGGUGUCAUCGCCGCUGGUCUGUACGGAAACAUUGGUGUCAAAGUGAUCUACAACAACAUCUUUGUCGAAUUCUUCCGCUGCCCGCCUCUCACCACCAAGACUGGCAAGUUCAUGUGGGUUGCUCUGAUCCCAAUUUACUGGGCCAUUGCCUUCGUCCUGGCUGCCGGUAUCCCCAGCUUCUCGGGCUUGACUUCCGUUGUUGCAGCCUUCUGUAUCCUGCAAUUCACCUACACAUUCCCCCCGAUGCUGGCCACUCUUUUCUGGAUCCGGAAGUACGCCAUGGCUGACGGCGAAGGAUUUGAUCCUUCCACUGGUGCGACCGUGCGCCACGACAAAGGCCUUAAGCGCUUCGUUCGUGGAUUCAAGAGCAUGGGCACUAAACGGAUCAUCUUUAGUUCCUUCAACCUCUUCUACUUCCUGGGUGCAUUGGCUCUCGCUGGACUUGGUGCCUACUCUGCCAUCACAGGUUUGAUGGCGGCCUACAGCGGUAGUGUGACGACAUCGUUCACUUGUAAGAGUCCUCUGGACAGCUAA